AUGACAGCAAGAGAGCACAGCCCUCGCCAUGGCGCCAGGGCCCGUGCGCUGCAGCGGGCUUCCACCGUGGAUGUGGCCGCGGACAUGGUUGGCCUCUCUCUGGCAGGAAAUCUACAGGAUCCAGAUGAACCCAUUUUAGAGUUCAGCUUAGCUUGUAGUGAGCUGCACACGCCAUCGCUAGACCGGAAACCAAAUAGUUUUGUGGCCGUGAGUGUGACCACCCCUCCUCAGGCAUUCUGGACGAAGCACGCGCAGACCGAGAUCAUCGAGGGAACCAACAACCCUAUAUUCUUAAGCAGCAUUGCCUUCUUCCAAGACUCCCUCAUCAAUCAGAUGACGCAGAUCAAGCUCUCCGUGUACGACGUCAAAGACAGAUCUCAGGGAACAAUGUACCUGCUGGGCUCUGGGACCUUUAUUGUCAAGGACCUGCUCCAGGACAGGCAUCAUCGGUUGCAUUUAACACUGAGGUCUGCGGAGAGUGACCGUGUGGGUAACAUCACGGUGAUCGGCUGGCAGAUGGAGGAGAAGUCAGACCAGCGGCCUCCAGUGACCCGGACUCUGGACACCGUCAACGGGAGGAUGGUCCUGCCCGUGGACGAGAGCUUGACCGAAGCAUUGGGAAUCCGAUCCAAAUAUGCUUCAUUGCGUAAAGACACCUUACUGAAAUCGGUGUUCGGCGGCGCCAUCUGCCGCAUGUACCGCUUCCCCACCACCGACGGCAACCACCUGCGGAUCCUGGAGCAGAUGGCGGAGAGCGUGCUCUCCCUGCACGUGCCCCGGCAGUUCGUGAAGCUGCUGCUGGAAGAAGACGCGGCCAGAGUGUGUGAACUGGAGGAGCUGGGGGAGCUGUCUCCCUGCUGGGAGAGCCUCCGGCGCCAGAUCGUCACUCAGUACCAGACCAUCAUCCUCACGUACCAGGAGAACCUGACUGACCUGCAUCAGUACAAAGGUCCCUCGUUUAAAGCGAGCAGUUUGAAAGCAGAUAAAAAGUUGGAAUUUGUUCCCACAAACUUGCACAUACAGAGGAUGAGGGUUCAGGACGAUGGAGGAUCAGAUCAGAGCUACGACAUUGUCACCAUCGGGGCGCCAGCCGCUCACUGCCAAGGUUUUAAGUCAGGAGGCCUCCGCAAAAAGCUGCACAAAUUUGAAGAGACCAAGAAACAUACGUCAUCCAGCUGCCAGUCCAUCGUCUACAUCCCACAGGACGUCGUCAGAGCCAAGGAGAUCAUCGCCCAGAUCAACACCCUGAAAACCCAAGUGAGCUACUACGCAGAGCGGCUCUCCAGGGCGGCCAAGGACAGGUCUGCCACUGGCCUCGAAAGGACACUGGCCAUCUUGGCAGACAAGACCCGGCAGCUGGUCACCGUCUGCGACUGCAAGCUGCUGGCCAGCGCCAUCCAUGGGCUGAACGCAGCGCGGCCCGACUACAUCGCCUCCAAGGCCUCCCCCACCUCGACUGAGGAGGAGCAGGUGAUGCUCAGGAACGACCAGGACACGCUCAUGGCCCGGUGGACGGGCAGGAACAGCCGGUCGUCUCUGCAGGUGGACUGGCACGAGGAGGAGUGGGAGAAAGUGUGGCUGAACGUGGACAAGAGCCUGGAGUGCAUCAUCCAGCGGGUGGACAAGCUGCUGCAGAAGGAGCGCCUGCUCGGUGAGGGCUGCGAGGACGGCUUCCCCUGCUCGGGCAGCGGCACCAGCAAGAAAGAUUGCAGCCCCCCUCCUGAAGAAUCCAGCCCAGGUGAGUGGAGUGAGGCGCUUUACCCGCUGCUGACCACACUCACAGACUGUGUGGCCAUGAUGAGCGACAAAGCCAAGAAGGCCAUGGUCUUCCUGCUCAUGCAGGACAGCGCGCCCACCAUCGCCGCCUACCUGAGCCUGCAGCACCGCCGCGACGCCGUCUUCUGCCAGACCCUGACGGCUCUCAUCUGCGGCUUCAUCAUCAAGCUGAGGAACUGCCUGCACGACGACGGCUUCCUGCGGCAGCUCUACACCAUCGGGCUGCUCGCCCAGUUCGAGAGCCUGCUGAGCACCUACGGUGAGGAGCUGGCCAUGCUGGAGGACAUGAGCCUUGGAAUCAUGGACUUGAGGAACGUGACCUUCAAAGUUACACAGGCCACUUCCAACGCUUCGACUGACAUGCUGCCUGUCAUCACAGGAAAUCGUGACGGGUUUAACGUGCGGAUCCCUCUGCCGGCCCCGCUGUUCGACACCCUGCCCCGGGAGAUCCAGAGCGGCAUGCUGCUUCGGGUGCAGCCGGUCCUCUUCAACGUGGGCAUCAACGAGCAGCAGACGCUGGCCGAGAGGUUUGGCGACACGUCCUUGCAAGAAGUUAUCAACAUGGAGAGUCUGGUGCGGUUAAACUCCUACUUCGAGCAGUUUAAGGAAGUGCUGCCUGAGGACUGCUUGCCUCGCUCUCGGAGCCAGACGUGCCUGCCGGAGCUGCUGCGGUUCCUGGGCCAGAACGUCCACGCCAGGAAGAACAAGAACGUGGACAUCCUCUGGCAAGCGGCUGAGGUCUGCCGCCGCCUUAACGGGGUCCGGUUCACCAGCUGCAAGAGCGCCAAGGACCGCACGGCCAUGUCGGUGACGCUGGAGCAGUGCCUGAUUCUGCAGCACGAGCACGGCAUGGCCCCGCAGGUCUUCACCCAGGCCCUGGAGUGCAUGCGCAGUGAGGGUUGUCGAAGAGAAAAUACAAUGAAGAAUGUUGGAAGUCGCAAAUAUGCGUUUAAUUCCCUGCAGCUGAAGGCUUUCCCCAAGCAUUACAGGCCUCCCGAAGGGACUUACGGCAAGGUUGAAACUUGA